AUGCAAAAUAUUAUCAAUAUAAAUAUAAAUUAUUUGAUUAAUAAAAUGGCUUAAUAAACUCCAAAAUAAUGCAAAGCUUAUUAAGAUUAAUAAUCUACACCUAAUUAAAAUAAUAAAGCAUGUUCUAUUAAUUAAUCUUAGGUUGUAUAGAAUGAAUAAUUAUCUUCAAAAAAAAAAGUAUAAUCUAUUAUGAUUUUAUUAAGGAAGUCUACGAUAGAAUUAUGAGUUCCUAAACAAAUCGAGAUAACUAAACAGAUGUCUCAUAAUAUUUCGAUCAUUUAGGAGGUGAGAAAUAAAAAAUUUAUCAAUUUUAGGAAAGUGUCUAUGUUCAUUAUGUAACUGUGGAAAACAUAAAUGUAAUAGUAAGAAUUGUGUCAACAAACCUUAAUUACAUGGAAAUUAUACCAUAUAUUAAAAGGAGUUUGUAAAAAAGACCCCAGAGAAUGGAUCAAGAUGCAACUAAAACAUUUUUUAAUAACCAAAACCUGAGGGUGAUUUAGGAAAUGUCACUACUUAUAAAGUAAUUACUUAUAAACUAUUAUUUUAGCAUGAUUUUCCAGGAUAUAAUAGCAAAGUAGAAUUACAGAAGAAUACAUCUAAACCUACUGUUAGUGGUGUUCCAUUUUCUGGAAUUUCAACUUAUAAUAAUAUGUAUUUAAAUUGGGGAAUGGGUGAUACACCUUAAUUAUUACCAUAAAACAAUCCUACUGUUAUCAAAGAAAUGCCAUUUAUGGGAAAAAGCAUUUAUAAGGAUAGUUAUUAAGGAGCACAAACAGUCCCAGUAUAAAGUUGUAAGAAUAUGAACAAAGCUUUAAAGUAAUUAAACUAUUAGAAUUAUAUAUAGAUCACCUUUAUCACCCCCAGAUUUGAAAUUUUAUGCAGAAUCAAUAUCAAAAUCAUCAUAUAAACCUUACAAACCUGAAACAACUUAAAGUGCUAAAGAUAAAUAAAAUGUAAAUUAAAAUAUAUAUAAUAUAGUCAACUUUGAAUCCAUCAUAUAAUGGCUAANCUUACUCACAAUCUUAAUAAUCAAUAUACUUUUAGUAUUUAGAAUAAAUAAAUAAUUGUAAUUAGGUUAAAUGUAUUUAAUUUUAAUCAUAUAAUAGAUAGGAAUAGCUAAAAAUGUAUGCAAAAUAUUAUCAAUAUAAAUAUAAAUUAUUUGAUUAAUAAAAUGGCUUAAUAAACUCCAAAAUAAUGCAAAGCUUAUUAAGAUUAAUAAUCUACACCUAAUUAAAAUAAUAAAGCAUGUUCUAUUAAUUAAUCUUAGGUUGUAUAGAAUGAAUAAUUAUCUUCAAAAAAAAAAGUAUAAUCUAUUAUGAUUUUAUUAAGGAAGUCUACGAUAGAAUUAUGAGUUCCUAAACAAAUCGAGAUAACUAAACAGAUGUCUCAUAAUAUUUCGAUCAUUUAGGAGGUGAGAAAUAAAAAAUUUAUCAAUUUUAGGAAAGUGUCUAUGUUCAUUAUGUAACUGUGGAAAACAUAAAUGUAAUAGUAAGAAUUGUGUCAACAAACCUUAAUUACAUGGAAAUUAUACCAUAUAUUAAAAGGAGUUUGUAAAAAAGACCCCAGAGAAUGGAUCAAGAUGCAACUAAAACAUUUUUUAAUAACCAAAACCUGAGGGUGAUUUAGGAAAUGUCACUACUUAUAAAGUAAUUACUUAUAAACUAUUAUUUUAGCAUGAUUUUCCAGGAUAUAAUAGCAAAGUAGAAUUACAGAAGAAUACAUCUAAACCUACUGUUAGUGGUGUUCCAUUUUCUGGAAUUUCAACUUAUAAUAAUAUGUAUUUAAAUUGGGGAAUGGGUGAUACACCUUAAUUAUUACCAUAAAACAAUCCUACUGUUAUCAAAGAAAUGCCAUUUAUGGGAAAAAGCAUUUAUAAGGAUAGUUAUUAAGGAGCACAAACAGUCCCAGUAUAAAGUUGUAAGAAUAUGAACAAAGCUUUAAAGUAAUUAAACUAUUAGAAUUAUAUAUAGAUCACCUUUAUCACCCCCAGAUUUGAAAUUUUAUGCAGAAUCAAUAUCAAAAUCAUCAUAUAAACCUUACAAACCUGAAACAACUUAAAGUGCUAAAGAUAAAUAAAAUGUAAAUUAAAAUAUAUAUAAUAUAGUCAACUUUGAAUCCAUCAUAUAAUGGCUAAUAUAAUAGUGAAUACCGUAAAGAAUUUGAUCCAAAACAUUAGAGUCAAUGCCCUGCCAAAGAAGUGUUAGAGGAAGUUGCUCGUAGCACUUAAUUUUGAACUC